AUGUCCAGUGAUAGCUCCAAAAACACCCAAGCCAUCGGUCAACAUGAGGGCCAGGCCGAUAGCGAAACCCCAUUUGCCGAUUUCUACAAAGAUGCCACAGUCCUCAUUACGGGCGGCACUGGAUUCGUGGGUAAGGUGCUUACGGAGAAGUUGCUGCGUGCCUUUGGCUUGCGUAAAAUUUACAUGUUGAUACGCUGCAAGGACAACAUGAGCGUGGAGCAACGUUUGGAGCAGUUUCUCAAUGAGUCGAUAUUCAAUACAAUACGCUCCGACUGCCCGAGCCUGUUUGAGAAGCUGCAUGCGAUACGCGCUGAUUACAGUGCCAUCGACCUGGACAUCGAUGCCGCCGACCGUGCAAUGCUCUCGUCUGAAGUCCAAAUAGUCUUCAAUGUUGUAGCAUCGGUUAAAUUCAAUGAGAAACUUAGCGAUGCCAUUGACAUCAACGUCCUGGGCACAAACAAGAUAGUGGAUUUGGCCACGGAAAUGAAGCAAUUGAAGUCCUUCGUGCACAUUUCGACACUCUACUGCAACUGCAAUCGCAAAUUCAUCAAGGAACAAGUGUAUGAGAGUGAAAUUGGCUACGAAAAAAUCAUGCAGAUCUAUCGCAUCUUUGACGACGAGACUCUGGAGAAAAUGCGUCACUGCCUAAUUGGUGAGAUGCCCAACACCUACACAAUGACAAAGAAGUGCGCUGAGAAUUUGGUAAACCAUCGAGCAUAUCACAUGCCCGCGGGCAUCUUUCGACCGCCAAUAGUAAUGUCAACGUACAAGGAUCCAUUUCCCGGCUGGACUGAUAAUUUGUACGGGCCAUCAGGUUUAUGCACUUGGACGGCACGGGGACUCGUGCGUUGCAUUUACGGAACGGCGAGUUGCAAGGCGAACAUGGUGCCCGCCGAUUAUGUGGUGAAUGCAAUGAUAGCGUCCGCCUGGGAUAUUGCAAGAAGAUUUAAAUUGAGGCAGCCCGAUGGUAAAGCUGAGUUGCCUGUCUAUAACUACGUGUCCGAUGUGAACAAUAUUACCUGGGGUCAAUAUAUGGAUCUGUCGCGUAAAGGCUUCCACGAGCCGUUUGACAAAGCGCUCUGGUGCUUCUCGUACGUUAUAAUACCCUCGAAGCCUCUGCAUUGUGCAAUUGCAUUUUUCUUGCACAAUAUCCCAGCUUAUAUUUUAGAUUUAAUUGCCAUGGUCACCGGACAAAAGCGCAUCUACGUGAAGGCAUAUCGGAAAAUUUCGCGCAUAAUCAAUAUGAUGGCCUGGUUCGGUCUGAAGGAGUGGAAAUUCUCGCAUCGCAACAUUGACGAGCUGAACGCAUUGGUGCCGCCAGCAGAAAGACGUUUGUUGCAGUUCAACAUAGCGACGAUUAAUUGGAGCGAAUAUUUUCGCUCGUAUCUCAGCGGCAUACGGCGCUACUUCUUUAAGGAUAACGUUAACGAUAAUAAAUUGCAGCAGCGCAAAACUAUUUAUCGCAGGAUGCUUCUGCUGCACACGCUGCUAAAGACGACAUUUGGUCUUUCAUUAAUUAUGUGCAUUUUAAAAGUUUAUCUUCGAGUUUUCAAAAUUAUACCAAAGAUUGCGCUCUGA